CUAAAUUUCUAUUGGCCUGUCGGGUUUAAGCCCCGCCUCCUGUGGAUUAAGCUAGCAUUAAUAGAAGUUCAGGCUUUUACGCCGCAUAAGAAGAGCGAAACAGUAACAAAGAUGAUCAACUGGAAGGGUUUGGACAAUGUCCCUCUCCUCUUCUACAUCUUGGCUCUCAAGACCCUCCUGCUGUGCCUGGGUUUUGCUGGGGUCAAGAUUUACCAGAGCAGGAAAGCAGAUGAGGCCCUGAAGAAGCAGCAAGCUGAGAGGAGGAGGUUGGCCCAGCAGUCACAGGAGCUUCUUGACAACCUGAAGGAAGACUGAGUACAACUAGAGAAGAAG